AUGAGCCUGGGGUUGGUGCUUCCAGGAGGCGGUCGGGCGCCAGUCCCGCUGGUGCACGUCGGGCCGCCGGUGCUCCCAGUCGUGCUGCUCGGCGAUGCGCUGCUGGUACUCGCCAGUGUGGUCAGCGGCGUGCUGCUCUACGUUGAGAUGGCAGUACCCGCCGCACAACUCAGCGACGCGAACGUCGAAGUGCUGUUUCCCGUCGUGCUCUUCCGCGACGUGGUACUCGAUGCAAUAAUCAUCCCGCACAUGGACGUCAUGGACAAGCUGCUGCUCCCACCCGUGCUGCUCAACGGUGUGCAGCUGGUACCCGUCGUGGGGGUCAGCGACAUGGCACUCGAGACAGUACUCGUCCCGAUCGUGGACGUCAGGGUGGAGCUGCUGAUCUCCGACGUACUGCUGCUCAGCGUCGAGAUGUUAAUAUCCGUCGUGUUGCUCAGCAACGUGGUACUCGCGGCAACGCACGUCCCGCUAGUGCACGUCAGGGCGUUGGCGUUCCUAGUCGCGCUGCUCAACGACGCGUUGCCCGCACCCACCGCGGUGGUCGGCGACGUGCUGCUCGACGUCGAGGUGCUUGUGCCCGUCGCACAGCUCAACGACGUGGUACUCGAGGCAGCGCUCGUCCCGCUGGCGCGCGCCAGGGUCAAGCUGUUGCUCCCCGACGCGCUGCCCAACGAUAAGUUGCUGGUACCCGUCGUGGUCGCCAGCGGCGUGAUACACGAGGUGGUGCUCUUCCCACUGGUGCCCGUCAAGGCCAAGCAGGUGUGUUCCGACGUGCUGCGCAACGGUGCUCUGCUGGUGCCCGUCGCGUUGCUCAGCGGCGUGGUACUCGAGGCAGUGUUCGCCCUGGAGCGCGUCAUGGUCGAGCUGGCGUUAUGCGACGUGCUGGGCACCAGGAGGGCAGUCCUCGAGGCGGUAAUCGAUGCAGUACUCAAGGCGGUGCUCGUCACACUCGCGGUCGUCAGAGUCGCGCUGCUGCUCCCAGUCUUGUUGCCCAACGAUGCGCAGCUGGUGCCCGUCGUGGUGGCAAGCGACAUGGCACUCGAGACCAUAAUCGUCCCACUCGUUCGCUCGGGGUCCGAGCGUAUGCCCCCUGACGUGGUGUUAAUGGUCGAGGCGCCAGUGCCUGCCGUGCAGCUCAGCGGCGUCUUAUUCGAGGUAACGCGCGUCCCGCUGGCGCACGUCAUGGCGCUGGCGCUCCCAGCCAUGCUGCUCAAUGGCGCGCUGCUGGCACCCGCGCUGGUGGUCAGCGGCGUGCUGCUCAUCGUGGAGGCAGUGCUGAUCCUGCGGGCGCAGGUCAGGGACAGGGCGGUGCGCCCCGACGUGCCGGUCCUCGUCGGGCUGCCGGUGCCCGCCGGGCUGCCGGGCGACGGCGCAGUGUGCUCCUCUCGCCAGUGCACGCCAUGUGUAGGGCUGCUGUUCGCCGGCGUGCUGCUCCGCGGUGCGCUGCUCGCCCUGGUCGUGCGGCCUAGCGGCGUGGUGCUCGAGGCAGUACUUGUCCCGCUGGUGGGCGUGAGAGCCGCGUCGCUGCUCUCCGCCGUGCUGCUCCAAGUGGGGGUGUCGGUACCCGUCUUCGUGAACAGCGACGCGGUAGGCGGGCCAGUACUCGUCCACCUCGUGGACGUCACGGUCAAGAGGGCAGUGGUCGUCCCACUCGUGGGCGUCAGGCUCGGGCUGUUGCUCUCCGAAGUGCUUCUCAACAUCGAGAUGCUUGUACCCGUCGUGCUGCACAGCGACGGGGUGCGUGAGGUCAGCGACGCGAUACUCCAGACAGUGCCCGUCCCGCUGGUGCACAUCAGGGCGCUGGUGCUCCCAGUCGUGCUGCUCCGCGAUGAGCUGGUGGCACUCGAGACAGUACUCGUCCCCCUGGUGCACGUCAGGGCAGAGCUGCUGCUCUCCAGCGUGCUGCUGCUCGUCGAGGUGCUGGUAUCCGACUUGGUGGGCAGAGACGUGGCACUCGAGGCAGCACUCGUCCCAGUCGUGGGCGGCAGGGUCGAGCUGCUCUCCGAGUACCCCAUGGUGCUCGCCUCCGCCCCGCCGGGCAGGGCGAGGCACCUGGCACUGCACGCGGUGCACUCGGACUUGGCGAGCUGGGCACGACCGUGA